AUGCCAAACUGUCCUGCGUGUCAGAAACCAGUCUAUUUCGGUGAACGAGUGUCGUCGCUUGGAAAGGACUGGCAUCGCCCGUGCCUUCGAUGUUUUAACGAGUCGUGCAAAAAGACACUCACAUCUGGCGGUCAUUCUGAGCAUGAAGGCAAACCGUACUGCAAUCGAUGCUACGGAGCUUUAUUUGGACCAAAAGGCUAUGGCCACGGCGGAACUGAGAGCCACACAUUCCAUGCCGGAACCACUGGAUAA